AUGGCGAAGAUCGUGAGAAGUUUGUUUUCGUUGGAAAAUGGGAAAUUACGCUUAAUGCGAAGAAAAAUUCAAAAUGCUUGCGUGAAACAUAUCCACAACGAGUGUUAUGCUGAAGUGCCUCAGGGCAGGAUGAAAGGGAGAGUCUGUGUUGCACCUGGUGGUAGGAAGUUUUACAGCUUCGAGGGUAUUCCUUAUGCAAAACCACCAGUGGGACGCCUUGGAUUCCAGAGUCCGCAAAAAUUAGAAGGUUGGCCUGGAAUUCUCGACGCCACAAAACCUGGCAACAAAUGCAAGCAGGUCCACGACGUUCUAAAAAUAAUCGAAGGCUCCGAGGACUGUCUUUACCUUAACGUGUACACUCCGAGUCUACCAAAAGAGAAUGUAGAGAAACUGCCCGUCCUUUUCUUAGUUCACGGGGGCAGAUUAGUCGAUGGAUUCGGGGCUUACUACCGCCCCGACUACAUCCUGAGUCACGAUGUAAUUUUAGUAUCAAUCAAUUACCGCAUUAACAUAUUCGGGUUUCUCUGUCUCCACACUCCAGAAGUUCCAGGUAAUGCCGGGCUAAAAGACACUGCAAUGGCUCUGAGAUGGGUCAGAGACAACAUAGGCCAUUUUAAUGGUGACUCUGACAAUAUAGUGCCAAUAGGAGAGAGUGCUGGUGCGUCAGUCGUCACCUCCUAUUUAAUGUCACCAAUGACUAGAGGACUCUUCAGCAAAGUUAUAGCCCAGUCGAUGAACGUAUUUACGGACCUGUUCGUAACGUUGCACGAUCCCGUGGAGAAAGCCAGCAGAAUAGCAUCGAUCAUGCGAAAAAACUUAACGAAACCGAACGAUCUGUUCGAUUUCUUCUCGAAGGCGUCCGCUGAUGACAUGAUCCGCGCGCACACGAAGAUCGAAUACGGCAGAGACAUGACCGAUAUUCAUCCAUUCCUUAUACCAGUGGUGGAGAAACAAUUCGAUGGUGUUGAACCUUAUUUGGUAGAAUAUCCGCUGCAGUCGGUGAGAAAUAACAGAUUUGACAAAGUACCAGUGCUGAUGACCAUGGAAACCCACGAGGGGGGGAUAUACGUAAGGAAAGAUGCAACAGGAAAGGCAAUACUGAAUAAGGAACUACGGAAGUUUAUCCCGUAUUUUACGGGAAUAGACAAGGACUCGGAGAGAGCCUUCGAGAUAGAGAAGAAACUGAAGAAAUAUUAUUUUGGGGACAAAGAGAUCGAUCAGUCGCAGUUGGAACAAUAUUUGAACAUGUUCUCGGAUGUGUAUUUCAUGCGAGAUAUAAUCUAUGGUGCAGAAUUACUUGCCGAUCACAGCGAUGUGUAUUUCUUGAGGUUCGCUUACGUGGGGAAUAUGAAUACGCGCGUGAUGAAAAAUCUGGGUAUCAAGGGGACCUCGCACGGUGAUAUCCUGCAGUACUUAUUCUAUAAGGAUAUUAAGGCGAAAUUGUGCAAGGAAAAGGACAUGGAAGUUAUUGAUACAGUGACACAGAUGUGGAGCAGUUUCGCGAAGUCUGGACAGCCCUCAUGGAAGAAUCAGAACGUAAAAUGGUUACCAUACCGAAAGAACAGCAGAUAUUGCCUAAACAUUGAUGAAGAUGGUACAAAAUACAUGCCACUACCGGAAUACGAACGAAAUAAAUUUGUAAUGGACUUGUUAUGUGAAAGACCUCUUUAUUGA